ACUGGAAGAGCGGGACCAUGGCGGCGGCUGAUGCCCCUUUGGGGUCUUUGGUAACGGGUCUGUACGACGUGCAGGCUUUUAAGUUUGGGAACUUCGUGCUGAAGAGUGGGCUCUCUUCCCCUGUGUACAUCGAUCUGCGGGGCAUCGUGUCUCGACCGCGUAUUCUGAGUCAGGUUGCAGAAAUUUUAUUUCAAACUGCCCAAAAUGCAGAGAUCAAUUUUGACACUGUGUGUGGAGUACCUUAUACAGCUCUACCAUUGGCUACAGUUAUCUGUUCAACCCACCAAAUUCCAAUGCUUAUCAGAAGGAAGGAAACAAAGGAUUAUGGUACUAAACGGCUUAUAGAAGGGGCUGUUAAUCCAGGAGAAACCUGUUUGAUCAUUGAAGAUGUUGUCACCAGCGGAUCUAGUGUUUUGGAAACUGCUGAGGUUCUUCAGAAAGAAGGCUUGAAGGUCACUGAUGCCAUAGUGCUGCUGGACAGAGAGCAGGGAGGCAAGGACAAGCUGCAGGCCCAUGGGAUUCGUCUCCACUCGGUGUGUACAUUGUCAAAAAUGCUGGAUAUUCUUGAGCAACAGAAAAAAAUCAAUGCUGAGAUGGUGGAGAGAGUGAAGAGAUUUAUUCAGGAGAAUGUUUUUGUGGCGGCCAGUCCUAAUGGUUCUCUCCCUCCUGUGAAGAAAGAACCCAAAGAACUAAGUUUUGGUGCACGUGCAGAGCUGCCUGGGAUCCACCCGGUUGCAUCGAAGCUUCUCAGGCUUAUGCAAAAGAAGGAGACCAAUCUGUGUCUGUCUGCUGAUAUUUCAGAGUCCAGAGAGCUGCUGCAGCUGGCAGACGCUUUGGGACCCAGAAUCUGCUUGCUUAAGACUCAUGUGGAUAUUUUGAAUGAUUUUACUCUGGAUGUGAUGAAGGAGUUAACCACUCUGGCAAAACGCCAUGAGUUUCUAAUAUUUGAAGACCGGAAAUUUGCGGACAUAGGAAACACAGUAAAAAAGCAGUAUGAAGGUGGGGUCUUUAAAAUAGCUUCCUGGGCAGAUCUUGUAAAUGCUCAUGUCGUGCCCGGCUCAGGAGUUGUGAAAGGCCUGGGAGAAGUCGGCCUGCCGCUGCACCGGGCAUGCCUGCUUAUUGCAGAAAUGAGCUCUGCUGGCACCUUGGCUACUGGGAGCUACACUGAGGCAGCAGUGAAAAUGGCUGAAGAACAUUCUGAAUUUGUGGUUGGUUUUAUUUCUGGCUCCCGAGUAAGCAUGAAACCAGAAUUUCUUCACUUGACUCCAGGAGUUCAGUUAGAAGCAGGAGGUGAUAAUCUCGGCCAGCAGUACCACAGCCCACAAGAAGUCAUCGGCAAACGGGGCUCUGAUAUCAUCAUUGUGGGCCGGGGCAUAAUAGCAUCAGCUAAUCAUCUGGAAGCAGCCGAGAUGUACAGAAAAGCUGCUUGGGAAGCUUACUUGAGUAGACUUGCUGUUUGAGCCCCUUGGAUAUGCUUUUGGGGUGGCCCUGAAGAUAGACACAUGGACUCCUGAGAUGCUACUGGCUUGAAGCAAUAAGCGGCCUUUAAUCCUGCUUGGAUUUUUCCACGGGUCCGGUGUGGAACUGAAGUUACCACGGUCUACAGGAAAUAUUUAGUGACUUACGAUCACUGCCCUGUCACUAUAAUCAGUUCCAGAUUUCUUUUACUGAGACUGAUGUUGGUUAGGCAAUCAAACCCUAUUCUGUUAGAAUGUCACAUUUGAGGACUGUGCCCCCCGCCUCCCCGCCCCCCACCAUCUCCAGGUCAGACCUUUUGAUUCUUUUAACUGCCGUGAGACAGAAAUUUUAUGUCAUA